AGUUCAUAUCACGCAUAGGCAUAGUCGCAUAGUCAAAAAAGAGCAAAGAAAAGUGUCCGUCUCCAUCAUCAUCGGUUUGGGGUGAAAAAUAUUUCAGCAAAGUUCCGUGUUGUCUAGCGUUCUAGUGAAAGUUUUGUUUCUUCCGAGUUGAAUCAGCUUCCGCGGACUUCAUUUCACGCUAGAUACUACACGGUUCUCUGCGCUCAAUAUCGUCAAAGCGUCCAUCGUCUGCCAUUCGUUUUCUUAAGCGUUCAGGAAAAGUCAAAACGCAGUCAGCAUGUUCAUCUGGGACUGGUUUACCGGAGUGCUUGGCUACUUGGGCCUCUGGAAAAAGUCUGGGAAGCUGCUGUUCCUCGGUUUAGACAAUGCCGGUAAAACAACCCUGCUGCACAUGCUGAAGGACGACCGAUUGGCACAGCAUGUGCCCACGUUACAUCCCACAUCCGAAGAACUUUCGAUCGGUAAUAUGCGAUUCACCACAUUCGAUUUGGGUGGACACACGCAAGCGCGCCGCGUGUGGAAGGACUAUUUCCCGGCAGUUGACGCAAUCGUCUUCUUGAUCGACGCUUGGGACCGCAGCCGUUUUACCGAAAGUAAGAACGAACUGGACUCGCUGCUAACUGACGAGGCCUUGUCAAACUGUCCGGUACUGAUUCUUGGCAACAAGAUCGACAAACCGGGUGCGGCUAGCGAAGACGAGCUGAGGAACCACUUUGCACUGUAUCAACUUACGACCGGCAAGGGCAAAGUACCUCGUAAUGAGCUGCCUGGGCGUCCUCUUGAGUUGUUUAUGUGUUCUGUACUAAAGCGGCAAGGUUACGGAGAGGGUUUCCGUUGGUUAGCUCAGUACAUUGACUAAUGGCGGAGUGCAACGGGCGUUUACGCUUGGUUGAGAGGGAAGCGAUUGAACAAUAGCAACAUCAGCAUCAACAACAGCAACAACUAUCUUGAAGUGCAGCGUACAUGCAUCAUGUGGUGCACCAAGACACACUCACACAGAAUUUAGGAAGAUUAAGGGACUUUCGGGCGAUGGGGUAAACAAGUAUUCUGGGGCGCGUGAUAUUCAAUAAAAAAAAUAGUAAAAAACCAAUUGAGCACUAUGCUGAAAUGCAGUGGCUAUACAUAUAUUUAAAAAAUUCACACAUCUACGAGAUAAACGGUGAAACAAGUUCUGCGCUAUGUUGUCUUAUGUCUACGUUGAUUAGAUUAUGGGAACCGACGGACAAUUUAGAAUUAUCGAAGCCUAUCAAAAAUGAUCAUCCGCUGGUUAAAACUGUUUAAUUUCUGUUUCCAUUUAUGUUGCGUUUUUUCGGCUUAGUUGUUGGUUAUAGGCUUGUCUCUGCAGAAUAAACUCAGCAUUUAGUUAACUUCCAAUCUUUCAUAUAGAAAAGACAAAAAGACGCGAUUCCAGUUUGGAAAAGCGGUAGUGAAAUCAUCAUACCCGUUUCUAGCAUACGGUCCCGUUUCUAAAAUAAAAAGCAGGAAAAUCAGACGGAUUAUAAAUGUAUCUACCGAUCAGCAAAAUCUCCAGGUUUUUAGAUAUAAAAAAUUACA